AUGGGUUCUGUGACCUACCGCGAUGGCAUUGCUAUCCUCCAGAUUAUCAUCUUCCCUAUGAUUCUUGCCGGGGCUAUUCGCAUCUGGAGACGGAUGGGUUGGAAGGCUGCUUCUCACUCCUGGCGCUUCGUUAUUACUCUCUCACUUCUAAGGAUUACUGGUUCGAUUUUUACGCUAUUGACAAUUAGCCACGAGUCGCAUAGUACUGUUAUCGCCGAGGCUGUAUGUGAGCUGAUUGGUAUUGCGCCUCUCUUGUUGACCUACGUUGGACUGCUAGGACAAAUCGAUACGGAUCACAUUAUACCCCCUAAGAGCCUACACGGAGUGGCUAUCACCGGCUUCGUUGGCCUCAUCCUCGGUAUCGCAGGAAUCAGCACGACUGAUGACACUAAGGGCCAUUUCCAUGCAAACGGCGUCGUCAUGGGCGCUAUGGGAACCUUCCUAGCCGUAUUCGUCAUCUUCACCGUGCAAGCGAUCUACCUAGCCAUCAAAAUGCAGUUUAUAAUGAAUAGGGCGCAGAAGUUGCUGUUCCUCGCUGUUGGACUCUCUUGGCCAUUCUUGUUAAUUCGAUUGGUUUACUCGUCAAUCGGCGAUUUCGGCAGUGACGCUCGCUUUGCCAUCAUAACAGGCAAUGCCACAAUCUAUCUGUGCAUGGAUGUACUGGAAGAGAUUGCCGCUAUGGCCCUUUGUGUGUUCUUUGGGUUGUCGGCUGUGUCGCAGAAAGAGCCCAAAUCGGUCGCAGAUGAUGAGAUUACUAAAGUAUAA